AUGGAUCGCAUGGAGCUGCAAAAAGUCAACAUUGAACUUGACGAGCAGAGCAACAGUGGGGAAAGCCUCGAAGAUAACUAUGCCGAGCUGGUUGAUUCAGAAAAGGCUGCAAUUAGGAGUUCAUUUGCUAGUGAUGAUGCAGAAAGUCAGAAGUUCCUUACAAAUGGAUAUCUGGGUAAAAAGAAAUUGGAAGAAUAUAAAGAAGAAUAUCACCGGGGCAGAGCUUCCUUUGGGAUGUCCUCAUUCAAUCUCAGCAAUGCUAUUAUGGGCAGUGGCAUCUUAGGGCUCUCCUAUGCCAUGGCAAACACAGGAAUCAUCCUUUUUGUAGUUCUGCUGGUCUGUGUAGCAGUACUGUCACUCUACUCGGUCCACCUCUUACUGAAGAUAUCAAAAGAAGGAGGAUCACUAAUAUAUGAAAAACUGGGAGAAAAGGCAUUUGGCUGGCCUGGGAAGUGUGGUGUUUUCAUUUCAGUUACUAUGCAGAACAUCGGAGCAAUGUCAAGCUACCUCUUUAUUAUUAAAUAUGAACUUCCUGAAGUGAUCAGAGCAUUUAUGAAGCUUGAGGAGAGUUCUGGAGAAUGGUACCUAAAUGGGAACUACCUCGUCAUACUUGUAACGGUUGGGAUUAUUCUUCCCCUCUCCCUUCUAAAGAGUUUAGGUUAUCUUGGUUAUACCAGUGGGUUUUCGCUGACCUGUAUGGUUUUCUUCGUCAGUGUGGUAAUCUUCAAGAAAUCCCAAAUACCCUGUCCUCUGCCCAUCAUGGACCAUGGAGCUGAAAACUGGACCACUACCAACAACACUGUGCCAAUGCACCUGGUCAUGCUACCAAACGAGUCCCUUGGUUCUGGUGUGAAUUUCAUGAUGGACAACACAGCUGGGCACUUGCCAGCCCUUGAGGAGCCAAAAGAUACCUAUCCCAAAAGUGGUGUAGAAUAUGAAGCACGCAGCGACAGUAGUGACAGGUGUCAGCCAAAAUACUUUGUGUUCAACUCACGGACUGCCUACGCAAUACCCAUCCUGGCAUUUGCAUUCGUAUGCCACCCUGAGGUCCUACCAAUAUACAGUGAACUGAAAGAUCGCUCCCGAAAGCGGAUGCAGAAUGUCUCAAAUGUCUCCAUCACUGGCAUGCUUAUCAUGUAUCUUCUGGCUGCCCUCUUUGGAUACCUGACCUUCUACGGAGAAGUUGAAGAUGAGCUACUUCAUACAUACACCAAGGUGUACACCUUUGAUGCACUCUUGCUGUCAGUUCGCCUGGCUGUGCUGGUGGCUGUAACCCUGACUGUGCCCAUUGUCCUUUUCCCUAUCCGUUCAUCUAUCAGUGCUUUGCUGUUUCCCAAAAGGCCAUUCAGCUGGAUAAGACAUUUCCUGAUUGCAGCAGUAAUUCUUGCUUUUAAUAACCUGCUGGUAAUUUUUGUUCCAACUAUUAAAGACAUCUUCGGAUUUAUUGGUGCCUCUUCUGCUACCAUGCUGAUCUUCAUCCUCCCUAGUGCCUUCUACCUGCGGCUUGUUGAAAAAGAGUCCAUGAGGUCUCCCCAGAAGAUCGGGGCUCUAAUUUUUCUCAUAGCUGGCAUAAUCUUCAUGUUUGUGAGUAUGACUCUUAUUGUAAUGGACUGGAUUUACAACUCCCCAAGUUCCAGACAUCACUAA